AUGGCCGUCACAGACUCGAUCAAGGACGCUGUAGGCCUUGGCCAUGGCCACCCCGAUCCGUCAGGCCCUGCCACAAGGGAAGAGAUGUCAGCCGCCCGACUCCCCCUGGCAUACCGCGACAGCUGCGCCCACCUCCUCAUACCCCUGAACCAAUGCCGAUACCGCGAGAUGUACCUGCCCUGGAAAUGCGAGAACGAGAGACACUCGUACGAGAAGUGCCAGUACGAGGAGUUCAAGAAGCGGGUAGCGAAGAUGGACGAGAUCAGGGCGGCAAAGGGCGGUGCGAGGAGUAAUUGA